AUGGCCGAUUCAUUCAAGAGCCUCAAGCGAUCGAGCGCCGAGAGAGAGGCAUCCCAGGACUCGAAGCGGGUGAAGACGAACGGUGACAGCGAAACGAAGAUGGGCUCGAAACCGAACCCGUACCUAGCGCAUCUCAAUGAUGACGCCGCUUCGCCUCUUGAUGACCUCGAGCGCCACAAGACGACAGCAUUUCAGGCUUCGAAAGCCGAAGACUCGGACAACAACCCGUGGACCGGCCACCCGCACUCUCAACAAUACUUCAAGAUCCUCAAGACCCGCCGCGACCUCCCGGUACACAAACAGCGCCAGGAGUUCCUCGACAUGUACCACAGUACCCAGAUCCUCGUUUUCGUCGGUGAGACCGGUUCCGGUAAAACGACCCAGAUUCCACAAUACGUUCUCUACGACGAGCUGCCGCACCUCACUGGGAAACUCAUCGCUUGUACACAGCCGAGACGAGUGGCCGCCAUGUCCGUGGCUCAGCGUGUUUCCGAUGAGCUUGACGUGAAGCUGGGCGAGGAGGUCGGUUACAGUAUUCGUUUUGAGAAUCGUACUGGUCCCAAGACGCUGCUGAAGUACAUGACGGAUGGUCAGCUGCUGCGUGAAGCGAUGCACGACCACGACAUGUCGCGUUACAGCUGCAUCAUUCUCGACGAAGCCCAUGAGCGUACCCUCGCGACCGAUAUCUUGAUGGCCUUGCUCAAGCAAAUCGCCGAGAGGAGGAAAGACCUGAAGAUUAUUGUCAUGUCUGCCACCCUCGAUGCUCAGAAAUUCCAGAGCUACUUCUUCAACGCGCCUCUGCUCGCGGUGCCUGGUCGGACACACCCCGUCGAGAUCUUUUACACUCCCGAGCCGGAGAGGGACUACGUCGAGGCGGCUGUGAGGACGGUGCUACAGAUUCAUGCCAGCGAGCCGGAGGGUGACGUUUUGCUCUUCUUGACUGGCGAGGAGGAGAUCGAGGAUGCCUGCCGCCGUAUCAGCUUGGAGGUGGAUGAUAUGAUCCGAGAGUCGGACGCGGGGCCAAUGUCUGUUUACCCUCUCUAUGGUACUUUGCCGCCGCACCAGCAGCAGCGAAUUUUCGACAAGGCCCCUGACGCACACCGUAAGGGUGGCCGCCCGGGCCGGAAAUGCAUCGUCGCAACAAACAUUGCUGAGACGUCUUUGACAAUCGACGGCAUUGUCUACGUUGUGGACCCCGGCUUCGGCAAGCAGAAGAUCUACAACCCUCGUACCAGAGUAGAGUCGCUGCUCGUUUCACCGAUCUCCAAGGCGUCAGCACAACAACGUGCCGGUCGUGCCGGUCGUACCCGGCCCGGUAAAUGCUUCCGCCUAUACACGGAGGCCGCCUUCAAGAAGGAGCUUAUCGAACAGACAUACCCCGAGAUCCUGCGGUCCAACCUUGCCAACACCGUCCUUGAGCUAAAGAAACUGGGUGUCGAGGACCUGGUCCACUUUGACUUGAUGGACCCCCCAGCCCCCGAGACCAUGAUGCGCGCCCUCGAGGAACUCAACUACCUCGCUUGCUUGGAUGAUGACGGCGAAUUGACGACUCUAGGCGGCAUGGCGUCCGAGUUUCCGCUCGACCCAGCCUUGGCCGUUAUGCUCAUUUCUUCCCCCGAGUUCUACUGCUCGAACGAGAUCCUCUCUAUCACCUCGCUUCUCUCCGUCCCGCAAAUAUGGGUUCGACCCAACAACGCACGUAAGCGUGCCGACGAGAUGAAGCAGCAAUUUGCCCACCCCGACGGCGAUCACCUUACCCUGCUCAACGCCUACCAUGCAUACAAGGGUGCUGAGCAGGCCGGCGAGGACGUGAAGAAAUGGUGCCACGAACACUUCUUAUCCUUCCGGCAUCUCUCGACCGCCGAUGACGUGCGGUCGCAGCUCAAGCGCACGAUGGAGACCCACGGGAUCGAGUUUAUCAGCACACCAUUCCACGACAAGGACUAUUACACCAACAUUCGGCGGGCCCUACUCGCGGGGUUCUUCAUGCAGGUGGCCAUGCGUGAGAGCUCCAACUCCAAGGUGUACAAGACGGUCAAGGACGACCAGCUAGUCAUGAUUCAUCCGGGCACUGUCGUCACCAGUCCCUAUGACUGGGUCGUGUACAACGAGUUUGUGCUUACGACCAAGCAGUACGUGCGAACUGUGACCAAUGUCCGGCCCGAAUGGCUCAUUGAAAUCGCACCCAAUUACUACGACGUCGAGACUUUUGAAAAGGGCGAGAUCAAGUCUGCGCUCACUCGCGUAACAGAAAAGAUCCGCCGCCGUCAGGCUAUGAAAGGCGGUCGUUGA